CGAAACGUCUCGUUUUAACGAACCACGAUCUCAAUGCGAUGGAAAUCGUCGAAUCAGACAAGCUCGAAAUGCGGAAGAUGGGCGUAAAGUUCUUGGAUAUCACCGAUACGCCGUUCGCCAAGGACAUUGCGUUGCUGUAUGCACCAAAGGAGUACACGUACCCGGCAAAAUUGGCCCACACCAAGGAUAUCAAGAAUAUUGUGAGCAAGGUAGACAAGAAGCGGUUACAUACGAAUCUAGGAGUGUUUUCGUCCUUCCACACGCGUUACUACAAAAGCGAUCACGGGCUUGCCAGCGCCCAGUGGCUCCAGAAGACCAUUCAGCAGAUUAUUGCUAGCAGCAACACUACAUUAGAUGUGGAGGUUGUUCCGUUCAAGCAUGAAUGGAAGCAGUUUUCGAUCAUCGUGAAGAUCCCGGGUUCGGAGGUGCUGUCUUCCGACGAAAGCAUCGUGGUGGUGGGUUCGCACCAGGACUCCGUCAACUUGUUGUUCCCGAGCCUUUUCGCCGCGCCGGGGGCUGACGAUGAUGGUAGCGGUACCGUCACGUGCUUGGAAGCGCUCACCUUGUUACUUGGAGCGGAUUUCCAGCCACGCAACAACGUGGAGUUCCACUUCUAUUCUGCCGAAGAGGGCGGGUGUCUCGGGUCCCUAGCCAUCUUUGCAAAGUACAAGGAGCAGCACAAGGCGGUGGUGGCGAUGUUGCAACAGGACAUGACCGGCUACAGCGCCGGAUCAUUGGAGAAGGGUCUUCCAGACCACGUGGGUUUGAUCACCGACUACACCAACCAUAACUUGAACGUGUUUUUGAAGACGACGAUCGAAGCGGUGUGUGACAUUGACUGGAUGGAGACCAAGUGUGGCUACGCCUGUUCCGAUCACAGCUCGGCCUCUAAGUUUGGCUAUCCGAGUGCGUUCAUUAUCGAGUCGACGUUUGAGAACAGCAACCAUUUCAUCCACUCGACCCAGGAUACCAUCGACAAGUUGAGCUUUGAGCACAUGGCCGAGCAUGUCAAAUUGACCGUUGGCUAUGCCUACGAGUUGGGAAUGUCGGAUAUCAAGGAGCAACACUAGGAAGGGAGGGCUAGAGUAACCGGUCGCCAGGAGGUUAGAUGGAGCCUAGGGAUUUUUUGAAUAAACGUACUUUAAGCAGGGCGAGGAGUUUCUCUAAUUGUAGUGGACUAAAAACAGUAUACCUUAACUCAUCCUCGUCGUUCAUUAAAGCGAGGAAAUAAAUUGAGGGUGAGAAGGUGUCAGCCGAUAAUUUCCUUUUGAAACUCUCACUUAACGACCAAU